GUCAGACAGGGCGAGAGGAGAGCACUGGGCAUCACUUAGACGGAACCCCCUCAAGAGCUGUUUAUUCUGACACACACUGAGCUGAGAUCAGGAGGGGGACCCUGGACUAAUUGAAAAAUACAUCACCUUAUUUAAGUGAAGUUUAGAAUUACGAAGCCUGAAUGCUUGUAACAGAGCCGGGGUUGUACUGAGCCUCUCGACCAGCUGAGGAUGGACAUUGUGAAAGACUCUGGGGCAGAGGAGAGACCCAAAUGGGACAACAAGGUGCAGUACCUGUUGACAUGUAUUGGCUUUGCAGUCGGAAUCGGAAAUGUUUGGCGUUUUCCCUACCUGUGCCAAAUUUACGGAGGAGGUGCGUUCCUCAUCCCCUACCUGAUAGCUUUAGUGUUUGAGGGCCUCCCCCUGCUCUACCUGGAGCUGGCUAUCGGACAGAGGCUCCGCAAGGGCAGCAUCGGUGUCUGGAACUCCAUCUCGCCACUGCUGGGCGGCCUUGGCGUUGCCUCUAUGGUGGUGUCAUUCCUGGUGAGCAUUUUCUACAACACCAUCCUGGCCUGGGUGCUCUGGUACCUCUUUCACUCCUUCCAAAACCCGCUGCCGUGGAGCCAUUGUCCACUCAAUGACAACCGCACAGGCUAUAAUGAGGAGUGUGAGAAGAGCACGCCAUCAAAUUACUUCUGGUACCGCGAGACCCUGAAUAUCACAUCAGACAUUGAGACCAGUGGCUCCGUGCAGUGGUGGAUGGUCGUCUGUCUGGCCACCGCCUGGGGCUUGGUCUACAUCUGUUUCAUCAAAGGCAUCCAGUCCAUGGGCAAGGCUGUGUAUGUGACGGCCACCUUCCCUUACCUGGUGCUUACCAUUUUCCUGAUUCGUGCCCUCACGCUGCCCGGAGCCAGUGAUGGACUGUUGUACCUCUUCACUCCCGAUUGGGAGGUACUGAAGAACCCCCAGGUGUGGCUGGACGCUGCCACCCAGAUCUUCUUCUCUCUGUCUGUGGCCUUUGGAGGUCUCAUAGCUUUUUCCAGCUACAACGAAGAGAAAAACAAUUGCGAGAGGGAUGCUGUUCUCGUAGGUAUAAUAAACAGCGCCACAUCUCUGUAUGCCUCCAUAUCCAUCUUCGCCAUCCUGGGAUUUAAAGCCACCACCAGCUUUAACAACUGUCUUCAAGCAAACAUCAUAGCUCUGACCAACCACUUUGAGUUACCCGACCAGAACAUAACGGUGGAGAACUACGGGCAAUGGUUCGAGUAUCUAAAUCAGACCUCUCCCGGUGAGGUGGCCAGUUUGCACCUGAGGCACUGUGACCUGAACACAUUCCUUGACCAGAGCGCUUCAGGCACCGGCCUGGCUUUUAUUGUGUUCGCAGAAGCGGUGAUAGCGAUGCCGGGCUCGCAGGUAUGGGCCAUACUGUUCUUCGUUAUGCUCUUGAGCUUGGGCCUCUCCUCCAUGUUUGGCAACAUAGAGGGAGUGCUCAACCCCAUCCACGAUCUCAAUCUGGUGCCUAAGUGGGUCCCUAAUCAACUCGUCACAGGCAUCGUCUGCUUGGUAUCCUUCCUGGUGGCUCUCAUCUUCACACUGGGUUCAGGGAACUACUGGGUGGAGGUCUUCAACGGCUACGUGGGCUCCGUGCCUCUGCUCAUCAUUGCAUUCUUUGAGUUUGUCGGAGUCAUUUAUGUCCGUGGAAUGAAAACUUUCAGCGAAGACAUCGUUUUCAUGACUGGGAAGGAGCCGAGCAUCUUUUGGAAGGCGUGCUGGAUGGUGAUCAGUCCUCUAAUGCUGAUGGCAGUGCUAAUUGCCUAUGUGAUUAUCCAGGCACAGCAACACCCCAACUAUUUUGCAUGGAACCCACUUUAUGAAUUAUUUCCUCAAACUGAAGUGAAGCCAUACCCAGACUGGGUGUUUGCCAUAAUCCUCCUCCUCUGUGUGGUCCCCGUGCUGUCCAUCCCUCUUGUGUUUGUCUACAAACUGAUCCAACGCAGACUCAGGAGUUCCUCAGCUCGCACCGAGCUGAACCCCUACUGCAACGACGGCUUCGAGGUGGAGACGCGGGAACAGAAGAAACGGCGAGCUUAGCAAAGGUUUCAAGUAACAUGGCUACUGCGUUCCUGAACAGAACCCCCGCCCCCCAUGGUCUUCACCACUUUUUUGGAUCUUUCCUCUCAAAUCACCGGAGAGCUGACAUACAAUCAGUCACUUUCAACUUUCCAAUUAUUUUUCUGAUAUUUACAUUCCGCAGGAUUUAUGAGGUCCUGACUUGACAUAAUGACAACUCACAUUUGUUAACUCAAAAACAAAACUGGAUUUUAUUUAACAGUCAAAUUCUUCACUUUGUACAUUGUUUGUCUCAUGUGCAGGAUGUAAAGAAGUGUAACACAUCCUCCUGAAACACACAAUUUUCUGAUUCCACUUUUAUAAAAACUUACGCCACUAAUCGUUGCUGCAUGAGAUCGAGGGAUUUAUAAAAGAUUAGUGUAAACAACUGGCACUACAUCAUCUUGCACGAAAAUUAUUUUACCACUCACUGUCAUGGCUGUCAAUAUUUCCGGGGCUGACUUACCUAUCAAUUAUUGGCAAAGUAACGUCAGAUGCUCUUUGUGGAAAACUACCACAAAGUGCAAAAUCAAAGUCCACAGAGAGCUCAGAGCCGAGACGAGGUCUGGCACAGAAGCAUGAGAGGGGGGUGAGUGUGUUUAUGACUUAAGUUUCACAUGUUAGUGUUUUUUAUAAGACGAGUAACGACGAACUGUUCUUCCCUCUCUGCAGCCAGCUUUCCUGACACUGUAGAACAGAUACCUAACAAUCAUUUAGGCACACAGUUCAGAAAAUUGACUGAUUUCAACACACUGCUCACUCAAGUCUCUUGAAACCUCAAAAUGACAUCAAAUAAAUAAAUAAAUAAAAAUCAUGAAUUUUGAGAAAAAUAGACAAAACUCACUACAUAAAAAUGUCAUGGAAUCUGGUACAUAAUAUACAUUCAUACCCUUUCAGCUGCUGAGGGUUUCUUGGUUGUUGGAAGCUGUGUAACUGGGGCUAGUAGUCUACAUCUGGAUGGCCAAAAAAUCAACUGGGGUCCUGGGGUUGGUGGCCUGUCUGACCCUGGCCAACCUCAGAUCCCCCAGACACCGCUCAAGACUGCGCUUCCCUGUCAAAAGAUAACAGCAGAAGACAGGAAUGUGCUUUUUUUCCCCCUUUUUUUUCUCUCUUAAAUGGUGAACUGUAACUUGUUAAAUCAAAAGGUGGCAAUAAACUGACUUCUUGUAAGAUCACA